UGUUACUUCCGUAAACAUAACAUGACAUGUUUGAUGUGCAAAGUUCACUAAGCAGAGCUGAUUCGACUAGCCGGCUGUGUUGCAAAUCAUUCCUUGUUUGUUAGAAUUAGUUAUAAGGUUCAGCAAACAUGAACUAUGUAAUAACGUACGGGACUAAAGCUUUUAACAAGCUACAAUCUGAUGUAAAGAAAGGUGAUCCUCUGAGCUGUCUUGUUGCUGCUACUAUUGGUGUGGGAGUUGUGGCCAAGGUAUCACUAAAUGUGUAUCAGUGGUACAGGUUGCGAACACUGAGAAGAGACCACAGCUUGCAGAGCAUUGUAUCAAAGAAGAAGCUUCGUGAAAAGUUAUCGGAAGAAAAUCCGGACUCCGCAUGGAAUGAGAUAGUUUCCUUGUCAAGUGAUGAAUUGGCUGUGAAACUUCAGAAGAAAGAGUUGAAAGCUUUGGAUGUUCUGCGGGCCUACCAAACAAAGGCCCUGGACAUUGAUGGAGAAAUCAAUUGCGUUAUUGAGCCCAUCUGGGAAGCUGAGGCAUUGGCUUUAGAAUGUGACGUGGCUGCCAAGAAAGGGCCAUUGCAUGGACUGCCCGUUAGCAUAAAAGAGAAUUAUCCAAUCAAAGGCUACACUGUUAGUCUUGGUUUAUCAACUAAUUUGGAUACGCUGUGUUUAGAUGAUUGUGUUCUGGUAAAGGUACUGAAGAAGCAAGGUGCCAUACCAUUUGUCAGAACCAAUGUGCCGCAAAGCUUGCUCAGUUUCCAAUGUAGCAAUCCGAUCUAUGGAAUGACUGUUCAUCCACAUGACCGUAGCCGUUCUCCUGGAGGAUCUUCAGGUGGGGAAGGAGCCCUUAUUGCUAGUGGGGGAUCCAUCAUUGGCAUGGGAUCUGAUAUAGGAGGGAGCAUACGCAUUCCAUCACACAUGUGUGGAAUCUGUGGCCUUAAAACGACCAACGGCCGAUUGAGCUCAAGAGGACAGCAUCCAUCGGGUUCUUCACGCCCGUCUAUUGCUGCUGGCUAUGGACCAAUGGCUCGAGAUGUGAAUGGACUUGUUGUAGUCAUGCAGGCAUUGCUUUGUCCUUAUCUAUUCCAGCUUGAUCCUAAAGUCCCUGCUAUUCCAUUUCGCAAUGAUAUUUUCGAAAGCAAACAAAGUCUUAGAAUUGGGUACUAUGUAAAUGAUGGGUUUCUUCAGGCUGCACCAGCAUGUGAGCGGGCUGUUGAAGUGGCAAAAGGUGUCUUGGAACGUCUUGGUCACACACUUGUCCCAUGGUGUCCUCCAAAUGUUGAGCAUGGUAUCACAUACUGCUAUAAGAAUGCCGUUACUGGUGAUGGCGGUGCUAGCCUGAUAAAACCUCUCAAGUAUGAUAAAAUUGAUGAAGCAAUAGCACCCAUUUAUUUCUUAUUGUGCAUUCCAUUAGGAAUCAGAAGAAUAAUGAACUUCUGCUUGCGCCCUUUUUCUAAGGCUUUGAGUAACUUGUUCAGCAUUGGGUUAGACUUGUCAACCAUUUCUGAAUACUGGCAAUUCCAUCAAAAGGUGCAGCAGUAUCGUGAAGAUGUCAUCAGCCAUUGGCAGAAUAAUCGCUUAGAUGCAGUCAUCUGUCCCGGGUUCUCUACCCCUGCCUUACCCAAGGACAAGAGGACUGUUGUAACUAUAGUGAAUUAUACGGCCCUCUAUAAUAUCCUCGAUUUCACUGCUGGUUCAUUGCCUGUAACAAGAGUUACUGCUGAGGAUGAUGACAAAUUAAAUGAUUAUCCAUGUAGAGAUGCGAUUCACAAACUUGUCAAAAAACUAUCGGCCAAUUCAGAAAGUCUACCUGUGAAUGUGCAGUGUGUAACUCUGCCAUGGCAGGAGGAGCUUUGUCUGCGUGUUAUGAUGGAAAUUGAGACAGCACUCAAGGGAGAUGCUCCUUCUUCUCCAGUUUAAAGAAGGAGCCGGCUGUGAAAAUGUAUGUUGGCUAUGGCAGUUCCUAAUAUUUAACAGUCUAAAGACAAAUAUUUUUCUUGGUUGCAGUAUAGUGUCAAAUGAUCUCAAUCUUCCAUUCCUUAAUGCUAUUUCUGAUUCCUCAGGACUUAUAUUAAUGCUGUGGAACAAUCUGUGAUGUACGCAAGUCAUGAAAUAUUUCGCUUUAAAUCAAAUAGCCCAUUGUAUAUGUUUAGUAAUUGUGGGUCUAGGACCAAUGUAGUAUUCAUUUUGUGGAAGUAUAAUUGGUGAGGUGUUGUGUUGUGGACAUUAGAUAUAAUGUAGUUUUAAUUCCUUACAUAUCUUCAAAGGGUUUUGUAUCAUUUCACUUAUACAGUGUUUUUACUUUCAAUGUAUCUUUAACCAGUUCAGUAUUGAGGCUGGAGGAUGGUCAGACAGCCACUUUAGGCUGAUAAGGGAUGAGGUUUAACGAUUUUGUGUCCUUUUCACGUGCUAUACUUGACACAACUUACUUCAGGUGGGAUACAUUCUUCUGGCACAGUUACAUAGAUAUACAGAUAGUGCUCUUCUUUUUAUGACAACCUUAGUUUUUGAGUGCUGAUUCGGAAAAACUGUGACAGGUGUGGUACCAGUAGAAAUAAAAAGUCAGAUCUUUGUCGAAUACAAAAGACAAGUACAUGUAUCACAGUAUUAUAUCUAACAUUUGCUGUACAAUCCUAUAACAUUGUACCAUGUGAUGUUAUUAUGAGAUUAUAUAGGUCAAGUACGGUCUUUUAAUUGAAUGCAUGGGAUAUUCUCCCUAACUUUAUUGACUAACUCCAAUAUCUCGAUGACCAAUGUCCAAAUGUCUUUUAUUACAUGUCAAUCUAUAAUCAAAAU